UAUUGCAAAAUAUUUUCUUUAGUUUCGCGCUAUAGUAUUUUUUUGUAAUAAAUAAUACUUUUGCGUAUGGUUAUGUAAAGACAUGGUUUUAUAAAGAAUAAUGGAAGACCAAGUUGCUAACAUUGAGAACCUCGAAACAAUAUUUAGAAAAGAUCACAAAUGCAAUUCACUUUUGUAUAGAAAUGUAAAAACCCCAAUAAAACAAACAAAUACACUCCAGGACGUAUUAAAAAUUGUGUCAUUACAAGUAAAAGCUAUACAGAUGGCUGAUAGAGGUAACAACGGUAAUUAUCUAAGUAACCCAAGGAAAUCUAAUGUAACAUAUGAGAAAGCUGCAUAUGAUAAGGCCGUAAUAAAAAAAAUAGCAGGCAACAAAUUUGAAACACAGUGUGUGUCAGACACCCAGUUGAUUGAUGUAGUCAAAGUAGCAGAAGCUUUUGAAGCAAAUGCAAGAGUUACCCGGGAUAUGGAUGUUUCCUUCACUGUAAGUGAUUUAGAAAAACAAUUAGAAGAAACAUGUACUAAGAGUUUAAAUAUUUGCAAUAAUGAAAAAGUGGAAGAUGGAGAUCAAGCAUUUGCUAACAAUAAUAGUAAAACUAUUCCUGAUAAUGCUACUGGAUUAGAAAAUACCAUCAUAGGUUUUACAGAAGAUUUUACAGAAGACAAUAAGAUUCAUAGUAAUAAAAUGAAUGAAAAUGAAACAGAUACAGCUAUUAUAAAUAAAGAUACUGAUAAAACUGAAAAUAUUGUUGAAAUAGAAACAACUAUUGUAGGAUUUACGGAAGAUUUUGUUGAAAGUGACAAAGAUGUAUUUGAAGUCAAUGAUUAUGCAUGUAAUGAUGACGAUUUUGAUGCAUUAGAAAGAGACAGACACUUAUCAUUGAGUCCUAUUUUAAAUAAAAUAGACCCAAUAAAAACAAGGAGUGCUUCUAGUCUUUCGCGAGAAAGAUCACUUAGUCCCGUCUUAGGUGCUAAAACUAUAAAAAAGUCGCCUUCACCAUUAAUUUUUAAUUUGGAUUCAUUUGAAAAAUUUGAACAAGUUGCAGUACCACUUGUUGAAGAAAUUUGUGAUUUAAAAACUGUUAAACAUUUGAUAAAUUCUCAAAUAUUAGACAAGGAAUUGUUUUUGCCAUCAAAAACUAGUAAAGGUAUUGCAUCACAUACUAAUCCAUUACAGAAUGUAAAUAUUCCACUAUAUAUGAGUCCAAAUUAUGAAAAUCUUGAUGAUGGGAAAACAAGUGUUACAGAUAGUGGUCAUUUUAAGCUAAAAGAUGACAGAGAAAAGCACAGUAGCACUCUAGAAGAUGAAAUAUUGUUUAGCAGUGAUGAAGAGGUUUAUGAACACAAGGAAAUACAAGAUUUACCGUUAACUUGUGCUCUGGAAACUUCAUUUUAUGAACAACCCGAAAUUUUGGACCAGACAAUGUACGUGGGCUUUCAAACUGCGAGUAAUAAACCGAUAGAAGUGCUUACUGAAUCUUUUACUAAAGCCAAAAGCAUACUUGACAACAUAAAUACAAGUGGAAAGAAAGAAUUACCUUUAUCUGAAUUGGUUAAUAUUUAUGACAGUCUAACUAAAACUGAGCGAGAUAAAGCAAAAGUAAACCAACAAGAAAGCCUUAAUAACACAGAAAAAGACGCAAGUUUUGAUAUACCUGAUAUAAGUAUAUCCACACUUAAUAAAUUGACAGGUAUUGUAACAAACGAAUGCGUAGAAGAUAAAUCAGCAAUAAUCACUGAUUUAAAAGAGGGUAAAAAUAGCAUAAUUGAAAAUAAUACACAACGUCCAUAUAUGGACAUGACUAUGCUUAAUACAGAUAUUGGUUAUGUAACUAAAGAAGGUAACAAUAAUUUGAUUGCACAAGAGAAAUAUGAGGAAUUAUCAGAGUCCGUUUUUAAAUUGAAAUCACACAAUGACAAUCAAGGUUUUAAGACUGCAAGUAAUAAAAUAAUAAAACUAUCAAAUGCAGCCUUAGCUACAUGUCAAAAAGUAUUUCAAAACAUUAAUUUAGAUGAAAACUUUGAUAUAAAUUACCACAAAGAUGCCACCUGUAAGGAAGCUACAACUAAUAGAAGACCAGAAGAACAUGCUAAACACCUCAAAAUAGACAGUAACAACAUUAGUGCUGACGAAAUUCAGACACAUAUAAAUGACGACAUAAUUUUACAAGAAUUCGAAAACAUUGAAAUGUCGAUAGACGAAAAAGUUAUCCACAAGAAACCGUUUGAGGGCUUCAAAACUGCUAGUAAUAAAAACGUAAGAAUUUCGAACAAAGCCCUAGAUAAAGCUAAACACAUAUUUGACGAUAUUAAAUUAGACUUAGAUGAUAAUGAUCAUUUGAAGCCAAAGUCAGGACUAACUAUGGAGACUAAUAACAAAGAUGGCUACUCAAAAGACGCAAUGAAUACUUUAGAAAGCAAAUCCAAAGACAUGAUUGGUUUUAAAACUGCUAGUAACAAAAACAUAAAAAUAUCAGACCAAGCAAUAGCCAAAACAAAAAACCUAUUAAAUGAUAUUGCGUUGGACGAUUUGGUUCAUACUAGUGAAGACACUCAAGAUAUAAGUAAAGAAAUCAAACUUAACAAAUUAAAUAUUAAUGAUUUUGGUAAAGCAUGUACAAGUACUGGAUUUCAAACAGCAAGCAAUAAAAAAAUUGUUAUUUCCAAUGAAGCCUUAGUUAAGACAAAAAAUAUUUUUAAGGAUAUAGACAAACAUAAUGAUAUAAAUGUUUCAUCUAAUAAGUCAUCGUUAAAUGUAAUUGGUCAUGUGUCUGUUAAAGCCUUGGAAAGAAAUGAAAGAAUUUUGGAGGAGACUAAAAUGCAAUUAGAAAAUAAAGUUCUUGCAGAUAUUCAAGGAAAUGCUAUAAUUAUUACAAAUUCAGGAUUUCAAACAGCUUCUAAUAAGCCAGUUAAUAUAUCUCCCGAAGCUAUGAAGAGAAGUAAGAAUAUAUUUCAAGACGAAAUUUUCGAAUCAAGAAAUAAAUAUAUUUCUAAACAAAAAACAACAACACCGAAUAUAAGUUUCCAAACAGCCAACAAUAAAUCGGUACAUAUACCUAAGAGAGCUUUAGAAAGAACUAAGAAGAUUUUUCACAAUUUAGAUAAUUUGGAAUUUAAGUAUAAAUUAGACAAAAUAUCCGAAAAUAAACCACCAUUUAGUUUUCAAACAGCAAGUAAUAAAGAAGUUAAAAUAUCUGAAGAGGCAUUAGCUAAAACGAAACGUAUUUUUAAUGAUAUAGAUAUGAAUCACGUUAUUGAUGAGUGUAAAUUGCCAAACUUUGGUUCCAGUAGUAGUAAAAAUACUUUUAAAGGAUUUCAAACUGCUAGUAAAAAAGAUGUGAAAAUAUCAAAAGAAGCUUUAGACAAAGUAAAAAAUAUAUUUAAAGAUAUUGACUACUCUAAUGAUUUUGAUGAUCAAAAUGAUACUAAACGCUCUACUUUUGGUAAAAAGAUAUCAGAAAAUGUAUCUAUGUCGCGUUUUAGAACCGCUAAUAAUGAGCCAGUACUGAUACCUUUAGAGUCAUUGUCUCGAAGUAAAAGAUUAUUUAAUGAUAUAGAUGAUAUUCAUAAUUCAGCAGAACAUGAGAACGAUAAAAAAUAUAACCCUGGUAUAAAAGAAAUAUACCCUAUUACUUAUGAAUCUAAAAAACUUAUUUACGAAGUUGGCAGUGGCUUCACCGGUUUUAAAACAGCCAGCAAUAAAAAAGUCAACAUAUCUGAAGAAGCAUUAGCUAAAUCAAAGCAUAUGUUACAAGAUAUUGAUGUAUCGGAUGCAAAAGAGAAGACAGAUAAUAAAAAUUGCAUUAGUACACCACUAGCUAACACUGAUUUUGAAAAAGAUGCAAAAAGAUUUAAACCUAAUAAUACAACCAUUGAUGAAAAUGUUGCUAUUGUAAAAGAUGUAUCAGAUAGUAUUAAUAAAGAGAAUAUAGCAGAUAUAAUAAAUACUCAAGUACUGAAUAACUUUGAAGAUACUUUGUAUACAGAAGAUUUCCGAGAAGAAGUUCCAUCAAGAAAUAAAAGAUCUGGAAGUCCUAUUCUGUCUUGUCCAAGUGCUAAAAGAAGACGUUUCAAAAUGCCUUUUAAGGCUAAUCCAGUUGAACCUUGCGCUAAAAUUAUACAGAAUUCAGUUAUAUGUAAUGAGAGCACAAUUUUUACUGAAAAUUAUAAGAAAAAUAAAAGUUAUAAAUUGAGAGAUCUGGUAAGCUUAGACAACAAUAACUCAAUUGAUGCAUACCUAACUAAUUUUGAUUUUGAUACUUUACUAAAUUUCGAAUUUGAAGGCAAAAGGAAUGAUGUUAAUGCUCACAAAAUAAAUAUAGAAUCGUUAAAAGAGACAUUUUUAAGUUCAAUAAAAAAGAAAUUGGUGCCAAAUGGUUGGUUGGACAAUCACAUGAAAUUAAUUCUCUGGAAACUGAUUUCAUAUGAAGUAAAGUUUCCAAAACUUGGUGUGGUGUGUACUGCUAGAAAUGUAUUAAAUCAGUUGAAAUAUAGGUAUGAUAAAGAAUUGUAUAAUGCAGAGAGGCCAGCAUUAAGAAAGAUAUUAGAAAAAGAUGAUGUGCCAUCAAAGACUCUCGUACUGUGUGUGGUUUCAAUCCUUAUGGAUGGCAUCAAAGUCGAUAAUAGUGCUGCCACAUCUGCUGUUAAUAUAGAACUUGUCCUAACCGACGGUUGGUAUUGCGUAACGGCGUGCAUAGACAAAAUGCUGUUGCGCCUCGUAAGGGACAAUAAGAUUGUUGUUGGUUCGAAACUUGCCACUAAUGGAGCUGAGCUGUUAAAUUGUGAGCAAGGAGUUGCUCCGUGGGAGGACACUACCUCAGUCCGCCUCAAGAUAUUCGGUAAUUCUACACGCCGUGCUCGGUGGGACGCACGCCUCGGUUACCAUGGCAACGGCGCCAUGUUGUCCCAGCUGUCAAACGUCAAGCUGGACGGCGGGAAAGUGUCAAAGUUGCGGCUCUUCGUGGCUAGAGUGUAUCCGGCGUUAUAUGUCGAAAAAUUUGAAGAUGGCAGCACUGUAACCCGUUCAGAACGGCUGGAACACCUGCACCAAAUAAAAUAUGAAGCAGACAGACAAAACAUCUUGGAGAAACUGUAUGAAGAAGUGGAGAAGGAAUUCUCUGAUCAGGAAUCCCAGGACUUGCAAAGUUCAUGGGAUAAAGGAAGGCCAACUCUCCAAAGUGGAUCUCAAAUAUUUGAAGCAAUUAAAACAUACAAAGAUUCUUCUGAUUUCAGAAACCAUCUUACCUCGUCGCAAACCAAACUCCUUGAAGCCCACAACAACAAACGCCGUGAACAGUUACUAGAGAAGGUUCAUGCCAAACUGAUGGACAAGAUUGAUAAGAGCGGCUUGAGGCAGGGUAGAAAUGUUGUGACGGUACUGAAGAUCAGAGUUGUCGGGCUUGAAGAGAAGAAUGGUGUGGUGGUCACUAGAGGUUUGCUGUCAGUGUGGAAACCUAAUGAUGCUCUACUGGACCUGAUCAAGGAAGACUCCUGGAUAGAAGUAAUGAAUGUGGUACCAACGGCUAUGAGGUACUCUGAAAUCCAAAUAUCUGCCGGAAGACAGUCAGUUUUUAAACAAUCAAAAUUCAAAGAAAGCGAUAGUAUGGUAACCCACAUUAAAUCGCUAAAAAGGAAGUGUUACACCAUAAAAGAACUAAAUAUACCACAAACAACAGACUACAACGAAGUUGAUACGGCGGGAAUUAUAUUUUUAAUAGAUCCGUCAGUGCAAAAAUUUGACUCGAAAUCACAAUUUCAAAACGUAUAUUUAGCGGACAAGGACCUUAAUAUGAUAUGCGUUAAUUUCUGGGGCGGGUUGCAAAAGUUUGGCUUUCAAAACGUUCUAGAUACAGGACAGAUGGUAGCUUGUAUAAAUUUACAAAAGCGAGCUGGCAACACCAGAAAUGUGCCGCAGUAUAGAGCCACUGAAUUCACCUAUUUCACUAAAACGCCUAAGAAUCGACAAGCUAAAGAAAUCGUUGACGAUUUGAACAAAAUAUCCGUUUUAGAUCGGAGAAGAAUAUGCGACGAAUGUGUUAAAUUAAAGAAUAAUUUUCCCAUGAAGAACAAUGAGAGUAUAACGCCAUACAAAAUGAAUAUAGAAUUGGGAAACAAUAAAGCCGUCAUGGACUCUGUUGAAAAAAUAGCCCACGCAGAACUCAAUCUUACUGGGUUAGAUUUUGAGUCGACUUUUAGACAAAAUGAUGAAGAAUUAUCUCCUAAAACGCUAAAAAGAAAAAGAGAAGUAAAUAAUAGGAUUCAUAAAUUAAAAAUGUACGGAGAACCGCCGCCUUUAUCUCCUAUUCAUAUAAUAAACAAAUCUAAAAAUGCAUUCAAUUCAUACAAAAGCCCAUUAGUAAGCAAUGACGUUUCCUCUGGUGUUGCUAGUGGCAUAAAUAUCGAUAUUGGUAGAAAUGUAGAAAACCAAAUUACUGCAGUGACAAAACAAAACAAUACGAAUAUUGCCAUUUGCAAAUUCGAUAGAAAUGUAGAAAAUAACGAAAGUCCUGUGACGUCACUAAACAAAACUUACAUCAAAAGUUCGGUGAACCCAGUGAAGUUGAAUUUUGAUAACAAUGCGAGUGAUAUGGUCGAUCACUUCGCUGAGGAGUUUGAUCCUAGUCCGCCUUUGAGUUUAGAUUGAAAUAGCGAUUAAAGUCCGUUGUAUACAAAUAUGGGUAAAUUCGCUAAGCUACUGUCACAACAUUUCACGUGAAACUAGUCUCUUGAAAAGUGGCGAGUAAUGCCUACUUUAUAGAAAGUAUUUGCAUUUAUUUUUCCUUCUGACUGACAUUGUAAGGCUGUAAUGUGCUUGAUAGUGAAUAGCUGCCCAAAUAGCCUAACCAGGAAAAUAAAAACUUCGCCAUGUGAUAAAAAUAUAAAGAAAUAAUAAAUUAUUUUAAUGACAAUGUAACUUUUAAAACGAAAAAUCAAAAGUGACGCCUCCAAAUCAAGUUUUUUAUUUUCUUGGACAGGCUAUAAUUAUGAUAACAACAAAUUAUAUUAUUUAAUUACAUGUUCAAUAAAAGUCUUUACAAGUUACAAGUGCAACAGUGGUUCUUUAAAAGCUACUAUUUGCUUGUUGUUCUUGAUUGCAUAGGCCAUUAAUCAAUUGAUUCUAAUUCGAAUUACAAUCGAAGCGAUUUCCAACAUGCAAUAACCAUAUCCAUAAUUAAGUUUGGGCAGUGUGGUACCGUGUUUGGGGCGAAAGGGAUGCUGGCGGCCCUGCCCUGGGCGGCACUUUUAGAAGUGCAGCAAAAUUCGUACAAUUCAACCAUUAUUUAUUUAUUUUGUCGCAUGUACAUACUAAAGAAUAGAGAGGGCAGGCUAUGUGCAUAACUUUUUUGUUGAAAUUACCUACUUUUAGCAUAUUUUGGGUCUGCCCAACGCUCUAAGGACCAACAAUAGCCAUAAGCUUAGGCCACUAUAAGGGAUAUGUUUGCCUAUCUGUUGCUAUCUCUUAAUUUUGAUAAGCAUAACAUUGUGAUACAAUAAGUGAAUAUUGUUAACUGAAUUUAAAGUUUGAUUGUUAUUGUAAAUACUUAAGUGAUUUCUGUAAAAAAAUAAAUCUAUUGAAAAUCGUU